AUGUAAGAAAAUGAUUUAGAUAUUUAAGGUUUUAGAGAUUAUGUCUUUAGUCACAAGUUUUAGACAGAACAAACCAUCAUGAUGGAAUAUGAAGAAGGAAAGUUGAAGAAUCUUAUGCUAGAUCCAGAUUAAAUAAAGGCCGUUUCUGAGAAAAAAUAGAUUUUGGAUUCUUUGGAUGAUCCUAAUUUGAAAAUUAUAGAUGCAAAUGAAACAUAAUUAGGUGAAAUGUUUGAGUGCUUCGAUUUAAAGACAUAAGAAACUUACAUAUUAAAAAUUUACUAUAAUAUUGCUGAAGAAUAGUUUACCAAGGAAUUAAAUUUAAAUGAUAUUUUACGGAAGUUAAGAGUUCAGGUUACGCCUGGCAUUAGAGAAGAAAACGUCAAAAAAAAUGCUAUUUUGCUAAAUUAUGGAAAUUGUACAUUAGAAGAUUAUGAUAAAUUUAGAGAUAGAGAAUUUUAGGAAGAAGAGCUUUUAUAUAUUUUAAAUAGUAUUUUUUCUUAUAGUUAUGUCAUGAAGUAGUAAGAUAUAUACCAUGCAAAUAUUCAUACAGGAAAUAUUGUUUUAAACAAGUUUUCUAAGUCUAAAAUAGAUGCAAAUAAAUAUGCUAUUUUUUUUGUUAAUUGUUUAGGUUUUGAUAGCAAAUAUUGCACUACUUUUUUAUAAUAAAAAGAUUAAGCAAAUAAUUUUCCCUUUCAAGAUCCAGACUUAGUAUUCAAAAAAAUUCAUGGCAUUGAAAUCGAUGUUACUGAUUUAGAGAAAAAUGAUAUUUGGUCAGCUGCAAAAAUGGUACUUUAGAUACUUAGUAGACAAGGUAACAUAAGAAAUGAUUUAGGGGUUAUUUAAGACAUUUUGAAUAAUUUAAAGUAGAAAAAUACUCACAACAAUUUGAUAGAAUUGCUAGAAGGAUGCUUUGGAAUUAACUAAGUUAGAUAUGUGAAAUUGACUUAAGUGCUUGAUCAUAUGAGAGAAAAGUAUUAGAGAAUACCAGAGUUAUAUAGUGAUUGCAUUGUGGAUAAAGAGAAUAUCAUUUCUGAAAUGAACGAAAAAAGAGUGGAGAUUUAUCUAAAGUCAAGUAAACUCGCUCUUAAGAUAGUUAGCAAAUAUUAUGAUUGGGGUUUAUACCAGAGAGGUCUUGAGGUUCUCGAAGAAUUAUAUACUUAAAAAUCAGAGACUUUCAAUGAAGCUUAUAAUUUGGAUAGGGAUUUUGAAAAAAAUGAAGAUUUAGAUUUCGAUCCUGGAUAAAAUUGCAUUAUUUUUUUACUUAGAUUUUAUUAUUGCUUGCUUUUGCAUAAACUAGGUUUACAAGAGAAGUCUUUUGAGGUUUUAAAGGAAAUUUAACAAUUAAUGAAAUAACAACCUCCAACAGUAGAAACAAAAGAAUAAUCUCUUUUAUUGGCAUUGCUUUAUUGUGAAAGUCUUGCUAUUAAUGGUAUCUAUACUUGCUUUGAAUAAAUGAAAAAAACUCUCUCCAAAUAUGAAAAGUAUUUUUCUAAAGAAAACUCAUAAAUAGCAAGUGAAUUUGCUGUUAAGCUAUACGAAAUCUUAAAAUUUGUCACAAAGAUUCUCACUUAAAAGUAAUGGUAUGAAGAAGGAUUCUUCUUGGUGUAUGAAUCUAUAAAUUUCACUUAGAAUUACAUUAAAGGAGACUUUUCAAAAUUAACUUUAGACUCUAACUAUUGGCAAGCCUCUAUAUUAAAAUUGCUCUCAGGAAAAUUUGAAGAGGCAGAAGAAUACAUAGAAAAAAGCUUAAAAUUAGAUAGCUAGAAUGAUUUGGAAAAGAAAAUGACUCUUGCUGCAAUUUACUUUAAGUAAGGAAAGUUCACAGAGUCUUCGAAGAUAUUUAGAUCAGUUGAAGAGUUCCAGAGGAAAAGAAUGAAUGUUGAAAAAGGGGUUGUUAUAUUAUUUUGUGCAAUAUCAAUGGCUAUAGAAGGAUCCUAUUUAGGUGCAAGUGAUUUUGCAAAAAGGUCUUUUAAGUUUUUAAAGGGUGAAGAUAAUGAACUCCCACAUUGCAUGUCUGUUUUAGGCUAUAUUGAAUUUUUUAUGCAGAAUUACAAAUAGUCUAUUUAAUGGUUUGAUAAAGCUGUUUUGCUGUUUAAAUCAAGAGGAUAAAAUUAUCAGAUGGCUUCAAAUCUAGAAUUUGUAGGAUUUGUGCACCAAUAACUCAAAAACUAUGAUUCGUCGCUGUGUAGCAUUAAAGAAGGAUUCGAGAUCAAGAAAGCGCUGAUAGAUGCAGGGAAAGAUUUACAGGAUGAUUUGGCAGAUUAAAUAAAUGGGUGGUCGAUUAUUAAUACUCAUUUGAAUAAUUUAGAUAAAUGCAUUCAUUACGGAGAAGAAGCUUUAGAGGUAUUAGUGCAGGGCCUUUAACAUAGAAGAACUGCAAUUUAAUAUGAAUAUCUUUCUAAAAUAUAUUGGAAGCACACUUAAAAAGGAAGGGCUAUUUAAUCUCUUUAGAAAUGCUUAGCAACAAUGAAUUUGGUAAGAGAAAAAGAAGAUGAUUACGAAAUAAGCUGUAUUAAUUAUUUAUUGUCAAAAAUGUAUUACGAUGUUGAGCAAUAUGAUUCAGCUUUAUAUCACAUUUGCAAAACUGUAGAUUUAAUGCAAGAUCUCUACGAGAAGCAUGGCAAAACCGAAUAGUUUGUUCAAUAAAUUAAACUUGCAGUGGAACUCUUUACUAAGCUAAAAAAAUUUAAAGAUGGUCAGAAAUAUUUGGAGUUUCUGCUUAAAGUGAUCGAUCACAAUUAACAACAGCCCAAUCAAAAGAAAUUAAAAGUUGAUAUUCCUUCAACACUGUUGCAAAUUUCCUUAUUUUACGCAUCUAUGGGUGAUAAAAAGCAGGGACUUCAUUUUGCUAGAAGUGCUUACAAUUUGCACAAAUCUUUGAAUCCAAAAGGAGAUUUCUAAAAUAAAAUUCAUAUAUUAAAUAAUCUAAUAAGUAUUUUAAUGAAUCAAGGUUAGAUAGGAGAAGCUGAAUUGCUCAAAAUGGAGCUUUAGACUAUUAAAAAGCAGAGCCUAUAAUGA